AUGUUGCGCCGCCUGCUGCCUCUCCACCGGCGCUGCUACUCCGCCUCGGCGACCUCGAGCGGCGCCGCGCCGACGCUCUACUCGGGCGGCGACCACCCCGUGUCGCUGCUCUCGUGGGGCCGCGGCGCGUCGGGCCAGCUGGGCGGCGGCAAGGAGGAGCGCCGCCUCUACCCGGCGCCGGUCGCGCGGCUCCUCCUCCCCGUCCCGUCCCCGGUCCUCCCGCCCACGCCCGGGCGGCUUCCCCCCGCCGCGGGGACGGAGGCGGCCGGCGGCGUGGAGGUGGGGAUCUCCUGCGGGCUCUUCCACUCCGCGCUCCUCGUGGACGGCGCCGCCUGGGUGUGGGGCAAGGGCGACGGCGGCCGCCUCGGGCUCGGCGACGAGUCCUCCGCCUUCGUGCCCCGCGCGAACCCCAACCUCGCCGGCCUCCGCGUCCUCGCGCUCGGCGGCAUCCACUCCGCCGCCCUCACCGCCUCCGGCGACGUCCUCACCUGGGGUUAUGGUGGAUUUGGAGCUCUGGGGCACUACGUUUACCAUAGAGAGCUGUUGCCGAGGAAAGUGAAGGGCCCUUGGGAAGGGAAGAUUGUGCACAUUGCCACGAGCGGAGCGCAUACUGCGGCGAUCACAGAAUCAGGUUGUGAACUAUACACUUGGGGUCGUGAUGAAGGUGAUGGAAGGUUGGGGCUUGGAAGUGGGGGUGGUCCAGGUGAAGCUGGCUCUCUCAGUGUUCCUUCCAAGGUGAGCGUGCUGCCUGUUCCAGUUGCUGCGGUUGCUUGUGGUGGCUUCUUCACCCUUGCGCUGACCUCGGAUGGGCAGCUAUGGAGUUGGGGAGCAAACUCAAACUUCGAACUGGGCAGAGGAAGCAAUUCCAGUGACUGGAGGCCACAAAUUGUCCCUAGCCUGAAAAAUGUCCAUGUAAUCCAAGUAGCAUGCGGUGGAUACCAUUCUUUAGCCUUGACUGAUGAAGGUGAAGUUCUCUCAUGGGGACAUGGUGGACAUGGCCAACUAGGGCAUCCAACCAUUCAAAACCAUAGAGUUCCACUUGCCAUUAAAGCUCUGUCUGAGGAGCGAAUUGUCUACAUAGCCUGUGGGGGAUCAACUUCUGCUGCUAUAUCAGAGAAAGGUGACCUGUACAUGUGGGGAAAUGCAAGAGACUGCCAGCUAGGCGUUCCCGAUCUUCCAGAAGUGCAACCAUUACCUGUUAAAGUUAAUUUUCUUGCUGACUGUGAUGAGGAUCCAAGCCCUCCUCGUGUCAUCUCGGUUGCAAUAGGCGCUUCCCAUGCCAUGUGUUUGGUCUCCAGGCAACAGAUUCAGAAAUAG